CAACCACUAAUAGUUGAAGUUGCCCCUUGACAAACUUGGAGGCUCAAUUUGUUGUUUUUGCAAUUGCUUAGGUAACUGCGUACGCAUUUCGCUACCAUCCUGUGAAGAUAUGGCCAACCCAUGGGCUGCGGUACUGCAUUGCUGAAGCUAGGCGACGGGCAAACCCGGAAGUGCCACAAGUUGUCGCAGCAAACCCAUGUCUGUCACGUACCAAGAAGCCUUAUGCUUGCUAGGAUUCCCGGCUGGCGGACAGGACCCUGUACCAUCUUUAGACGCUGUUCGGCGAGCUUUCCGGCAGCAGGCUCUCCGUUGGCACCCAGAUAAGCAACGGCAGCCCAUCAACCAGGAAACCUCUCACAAAAAUGAAAAGACCACCUCACAUCGGGGGCUCUCGCCACCUCCUACUGCAUGCACUCCCCCAAGCUGCGUCCAUAGCAGCACCCGGAGUAGCCACCAGACCAGCAGCGGCAACACCGCAGCUGCGGCAGCCUCUGCCCCAGCGGACCCCUCCUUCCAAGCAGCGGCAGCAGAGGAGCGUUUCAAGCUCCUCGUAAGCGCCUACCAUGUCCUGCUGCAAGCCUUAAGCGGCCGCAAAACAACAGGUGGCCCUGGGGCGGCGGCAGCGACAGCAGCUCCUGCUGCGUCUGGGGCCGCCUGCUCUUCCUCCCCUGGAGUGCCACAUGCGGGCGCUGAGGGCACUGCUGCGCCCUCUGCUGCUGCUGGCCCCGCUGCUUGGGAUGCGGCGGCGGCGGGUGUUGACGAUGAGGAGCAGGUGGUGGAUGCGGUGUCCGCGGACCUGCUGCUGCAGCAGGCCGCGCGGCUGGGGCUGUCGGAGUUCGAUAUGAUGUUCCUGCACCAGCGCGCCAGCGGCGGCGCUGCUGGGUGUGCUUCCGUCUGGCCUGAAGCUGCCCAGUCUGCCGACGACAUCUGGCGGCGCAUUCGGCGGAGGGUGGAGCGGCGGAGGAAGCGUAAAGCCGCUGGAGCGCACGCCACAAGCAGCCCGGUUGCCUUCCAACAGGGCGCCGCUGCUGCGUCCAAAUGGGCGCUGCUGUUUGAGUUUGUGUCCGACAUGGUGGGCACACCUGCGACCCCCGCACCUGAGGGGGCGCCUGCUGAGGCGCCUGUGGAAGCAUCAGCCCCCUCGGAGACACCCACGAGUGGCUGCGGUGCCGAUGUUGAACCGCAGCGACAUCGAGAGCUGCAGCCUGUGCUGCUGCUGCAACCGGGGACUGGGGAAAAGGACGCGAAUGAUGAACCCAGUGCAGGCGGGGCUGCGGCUGCAGCGGCUGCCGGCGGGGGUGAGCCUCCGCGACGGCGGCAGCGGGGGCGGCUGCCUGCGGGCUUCUACUGGCGUUGGGGCCGGCGUCUCUUGGUAGCGCGGUUGCUGUACAUGAUACUGUGCGGCAGCUAGGCAGGUUGUGCGCGUCGCGAACGGUGUGUAUUGUCCCUUUUUGCAUGCAACGCUGCAUCUCAUGUGAAAUGGAGUGAGCUGAGUCGACCAUGUGAGCUGACUGAAGUAUGUACUAUGACGUCGCUCGUACGUGAGGGUAUGUAAGGAUGUGCAUCUAGCUGCUGGAUAGAGUUGGUUUAGAGAUGGGUGGUCUGCACACAAACUGGCUGUUGCCUGCUUAAUAUUUGUUGGAGCAAGAAUAUUGUGUGGGGGCUAGACAUGUGUGCGUUGGGGUUGACCGAGGUGCGUGUGUGCGUUGCUAGGGGGUGGGAAGACGGCGCCAGAGUUCAGGGGCCGAGGCCUCCUGACGUGCGUGUAAACUUUUGCACGCCCUUUCCGUAGCCUUUUAAGUGUAUGCAGGUGAAGUGACCUCGAGAGGUUGCGAAUGCUGCAUUGGCAUGCAAGCUGAGGCGCGAUGAAGUGACAUUGAAGGGUGGUGUACGAUUCUAGCUAGGCCGGCGAGGAAGCUGGUUAGCAAUUGACCGUCAACACUUUGUAUGAAGACUGAGGGAGGCCGCAGCUGGCGCGUUUUCAGCUCGCUAAGCAAUACCUCGUAGGACAGCGUCCCUGGUGUCGGCAAGUAUUGGCCUCUGUCCUUAUGCCGGAUCUGCAAUGUCUAGAAUGCCAACUCUUCCUUCCUCGCCGUAACGGCGAUUCACAAUAUUUUCGUUUUCUUACGUUAUCUAUCUGUAGGCUACGCUGAGUUAAUUGGUUCUGGUGGGUGCAUCGUUGACCCGAGGCCUCUAAACUUUGCUAGAGCAAGCUGCCUGGAUAACUUAAAUGGCUGUCACCAUUGCUCCCAGGCAAGUUGCACCCCUAAUGCUCAUACAUAAAUCCCAUUUGGACAUAAAACCAUGAGUGCAGUUGCACCCAACAACAUGACCUGUACGGAACUGCUUGGCGGGCUCAUGCAAGGAUAUCAUGGCCUCCUAUACUUGCUCUUGCCUAAAUAUUUUUAUAAGUUGAUAUACUCUAGGUGCCAUUCUAAUUUUUUAUUGUCUCAUGUGAUGAUUGCGCCCCUGAGCAACUUCCACUGCUCAUAUUGCAUUAGUGCCUGUGUUGUGUGGGCGACAGCAGGCUAGUCAGCAGUGAUGGCAAACAAUGAUUUCUUAGCGCUCGUUUUGGGGGCUGCCAAGCUCCCAGCGGAUAUAGCACAUGUGGCCUUCCGUGUCUAUAACAAGGAAGAGACGCUGGGCACUGCGCUGCAACGCUUUGGGUGGAGCAGCAUAGAACGCAGACGAGGACCGGUCUUGUGGUUUCACAUCAACGGGCUUGGCGAGGCAUCGACUGCUCUUCCGGUCGUCCAUAGAUGCUUACAGGAGUACAACGAGAAGGUCACAGUGUUGUUGACAACGACAUGCCUGGACAUGUACAAGCUGCUGGGGGAAUCUCUUCCCCAGCGGGUGAUCGUGCAGCUCGUACCCUUGGCAAACCCCCUCACCAUCUCCGUGUUUCUGAGGAAAUGGCAGCCACAAGUUGGCGUAUUCCUUGACACGCCCUUUCACCGGGAGCUUGCUAUCAUGGCGAGGGCAUCGGGUGUUUCCCUGGCGCUCCUAAACGCGCACAUGCCAGGGGAAGACAUGCUGGAGUGGCACGUCCGGCAGAUUCGCCGAAACCACCUCAAACGCACGCUCAGUUCCUACAGCCUCGUUGUCCCCCGCUCGGAUGUGGACGUGGGCCGCUUUCGCAUCUUCGGCGCCACCCUUCAGCAGAUGCCCGGUUGGUCUUCUGACCUGCAACAAGCUUCGGAACUGGGCGCAAGCGCGUCGCGCCUGCUUAUUCAGCGCUACAAGCUGGGGCGCUCGCUGCUAAAACGCCUGGCCAAACGACAGCUAUGGGUUGUGGCAAACUCGAUGUCGGGAGAGGAGGCAGUGGUGGCGCGCGUCCACUGCGCGUUACGUCAGCAGCACAAGGGUCUUCUGACGGUGUUGGCGCCUUCCCGGGCGGAAACGGUACCACACAGCGCUGCGCCUGGAGCCACUGCCGAUGGCACCACGGCUGCUUGCGCAACGGCGGCCCUACGCCUGGCGGCUGAGAAGCGCCUCCGUGUGGAGCUCUUGAGCGCCGUUGCCGAGAACCCAGAACGUCUCUCCUCGGACGUGGACGUGCUGAUCCUGGACGACCCGGACGCCCUCAACCCCUUCUACCACCUCUCCGAGGUUGUCGUGGUUGGUGGUUCGCUGGUGCCCUCGCUCAGCACGGCUAGCAGCCCGGCAGCAGCAGCCGUGGCGGGGUGCGCGGUACUCAUGGGCCCGUACGGCGGUCAGUACCUAUCCAUGGCCUCAGACCUGAACCACGCCGCCAUGACGGCUUCGGAGGAGGCGGCUGCGGCUGUGGCGCAGACGGGUGCGACCAUGCGCGGCAUCACCGACAACUUUGACACGCCGCGCGGGGCCCAAGCGGCUUCUGGGGUCAACAUGGGAGCGGUAACGCCAGGGGCGCAUGGCCGGCAUGGUCCUGGCGGAAGCGGUGCGGGAGGUGCGGCAUCGGAUGGCGGCAGCCACGGCGCAAAUACAGGCUCCACGUGGCAACAACUCCUGCAUGAUGCGCAGCGUCCCAUGCUGUCGAACAGGCCCAUGUCUGCACCGCCAACGAUACCCGAGAACUUCCAGCUGCGGCCCGGCGCACAGUUCCCCUGCUCAAGCUCAUUUGCUGACCCCUUCGAUGUGGCAUCUCACCAGGGCGAUCGGCUUGUCCUUUGGCCCGACAGCAGCCAACGCAGUGUCACGUCCAACUGCACCCGCGGUGUCGCCUACAGCUACGGCAGCGCGACGCCGCCUGGUAGCGUUUACAGCGCAACCCCGCGCCUGGCUGCGGCAAGCGGCACGGGUGCGGCCAAUGGCACGGGCCGCAGCCGUCGCAGCCCGGUUGACCGUUUCCGCUGGGCAGCCGCUCAGGAGGUUGUCGGCUUUGGCUACUCGUGGGCGAGCGAGGUGGACAGUGAGGAGGAAGACGGUGACACGGUAGGCUGUGCGGACGUGGAGUCAAGGUUGGAGCCGGAGGAGACGAGCCGGACUGAGCGCUGUGAUGCGCCUUCCGUAUCUCCCGCCAGUGCAAUGCCUGCUGAUGGGCUUGGGCGCCUCUGCAAGGUUGCGUCUUCUGGGAGCAUUGCCACUCCUACCACCGCCACUAGCAGCCGCGAACACGACGAGGGUGGUGCAGGGGGCGCGGGCUCGCCGUUCACGUCCACUCCCAGUACAGUGCCUGUAAUGAACCACGGGUCGGCACCGGGUCGCGAAGUGGGAUCCGUCUCGACUGGGACCGCAAGUGCGGAGUCGUCACAGGGUUCCAUGACGACAGGAAGCGACGGAGAGGAAUCGACGUGCAGCGGCGCUGAUGAGUUCCACGAUGCUUUCGAUGAUGGCCUUGAGGAGGCACGUGCGGCGGACAGCAUGGGUGCGGCGGUUGAGGCGACAGCUGCGGAGCCUUCAUUAGAAGAGGUCGCUGGUCAGGGAGUCGAGGAGCGGAGUGCUGAUGAGCCUGACGGUCAUCACGCGGCUGCCGUAGUUGUCAACAGGGACAUCAACGAGGUGGCCGCCGUUACCCCAACCGAGGAGGCUACACGUCCCGACGAGGAGAGCGGCCACGCUGGCUGGCUGUCUCCGUCUCCUUCGUCUGCCCACGACUGCCCUAGCGGGUCGUGCAAGCGCAUCCUGCCGCUCUUGACGACGGGCCAAGCCGCUUCCGAAACGGCUCCUGGCCCAUCGGUCGCUGAUGCCGCUGUGAUCGAGCCAGUACCUAUGCCAAUUGUGGAGGCCUGUGGCAUCAACCGCACAUCUUUGACGGUGACGGCGUUCUUACGGCAGCGCAACAGCACCGGCGAUACACAUGUAGGCGUCGGCGCGUCCGAGGCGGAGGAAUCUGCAGACAGACUGGCGCUGACUCGCUCCACGUCCCACGCCACCCACAUGAUCCUCAGGCGUUCCGGCGUCGACGACACGCGCAUGUCCUUGCGCACUGCGCUGGCCAUGAGCCGAGCCCAUGAUGUUGGCCGGAACCCUCUCUUCGAGCCCUCAGCCCUGACACUCACCUCCUCCUUCAGCACUCCACUGGAGACGCUGCCAGAGGAAACCAUGGCGUUGAUAGAGGAGUCGCUCUCCCCCAUAUCGAUGGGAAGCGGCAGCCAUCCGCGCAGGUCCCGAGGCGGUUCUGAUGCGGGCAGCAGUGCCUGCAGCCCGCUUUGCCGCAGUAGCAGCGGCUUUAAUAGCGGUGCUGGCGGCGCCGGUGGCAGGGUGCAGUACAGCGUCAUGGACGAGCUCGUUUCGGCCGAGACGUGGGUCAGCGACAUUAGCUUGGCUGUGAUGCUGAGCAGCAGCAGCGACAAGCCCUUCAGCUUGCCUUCGAGCACGGGUUACGAGCUUGCCCAGCUGCAAGGCCCGCUUUCACCACCCAGCAGCACCACGGCAGCCUCUCGCGAACCCUCUGGCUCGUUCCAUGCUUCGGAAAGCCCGCAACUCAGCCGCGCAUCUCUUGAACACUACCUCCAAUACAUGCGUCAACAGUCGCUGCUGUCAACGUCGCCCACGAGGGUUAGGUCCGGCCUUGGCGACAUCUCCAGGAUGUCUGGCGCCUCGCACAACGCUGCCAGCGGCGUACGCGCACCGGACAACAGCCCCAGCGGGCUUAAUGCCAUUGCCAUUGCUGAGGAGGGCAGCAGCGCCGCCAGCGACACCCGCUCAGGCGCUGACGGCAAAAGCAGCGAUACUGCUCCUGGGGAUCAGCUCGUCACCGAAACCAUGUGGCUGGCCACGUCUGUCUUACCGGACGCCGAAUCACCCGUGCAAGCAAACAGUGGGAGCGUGACCACGGCAGAUGGAGAUAGCCCUACUUUUGUGUCUAGGUCCUCCUCUUCAGCCGUAUCGGGAUGCAUCCGUACAGCCUCGGUCACGGAUUCCGCUCCCAGGGCGUCUGGCAAACAACUAACCGUUGACGUUUCGGUUGGGAACAUGGACCGCCGUACCAUUUCCAUCAUUGGGGAGGCAAGUAUGGUCGCUUGCGAUAGUCCCGGCACUGAGUUUGAGUUCCCCGAUGGCUCCUCUCCUGAUGACAACGCGUCUAGCUCGCCAACAUUGCUCGCACCCUCGGCAUCCGGUCAUCACGUAAUCUCGCUAGCAGCGUUAUCUGCCGGCGGCAAUCCUGCGCAGCACUACGCCCUCAGCGAGGGACCUCAGCAACAGCAUGCGGGCGUAGCUGGUGAGGUGGAGUAUGCGGCAGCCGCAGAGGCGGGGCGGAGCUCUUUCGGCACGAACAGCAGUCUUGGCAGCCGGUCACCAGGCGCUGGCUCGGCAGCUUCAGCUUCAACUCACAAGCCGCAUCGUCUAGCGCCGUCGAACAGCCCCAUCGGCAGCAGGGCAUCAAGCGUAAGCGGCGCCAGCGGGUCUGGCUUUGAGCAGCCGUUCCUAUACGGCAACGGAUUGCUGGCGGCGCCUCGCGCAAGCGGCAAUGGAAACUGCUCCGUGUCCAGGCACGUAUCUGGCGACGGCAGGGGUAGCGUGCAUGCGGCCAGCACCUCCACUUCUUCUUCAUCCAACGCUGCGGUGCGGACUUCACCCACUGGCUUAACAGCUGUGAGCUCCAGGGCCAUCGCGGGCCGGUCUGGGCUGUGCCAUGUUGAUUCCAUUGGCGGCUGGCUGGACUUCGACUUUGUUGGGUCUACACUCGCGCAACCCUCCCCGCUGCAGCGGGCACAGGUGCAGCAUGACCCGUUGGCCUGGUUCUCGCAAAUGCAGCAGGAGAUGGGCGCCGCAGCGGCAACGGCAACGGCCCCAGCCCUAAAGGGUGUUGCACCUGGCUUGCGCGCUCCCUUACAUUCCCCGGUCUGCGAUCGCACUGGAGGCGUCAGCCCGCAGGCGCUGGACCAGGUCAAGACGAUGCUCUUCCCGCUUGCUGCGAACCCGCCUGCUGCACCUGUCCCAACGGCUGCGCAAGCGGCAGGCGAUGCAGUGGCUCCCCGGUCGGGUGUCGUAACGUUUGGUGUCGCCGUGCAGCCUUCCGCCUGUGCAAGUCCCGCCCACAACAGCAGUGCAGCCAGCGACCGCGUGACAGCUGCCUUUACCCUCCGCGGCCCCUCCGAGCCAGACGGCGACACGCGCAUGGGCGGCAGGCCCUGCACCCUCAGCGGCGUGCCCGCGUCCGAGAACAACAGCCCCAUCCGACAGAGCAGCAAGAGCGCACCCCACCAGUGGUUUAAGUCCACCGAAGCGGCUCUCGGCGUAAACUCAGGAAGCGCAGACAGUAGCUUGGACGGCGGCCACCCGCGGCGGCGAACCCAGGAUGCGCUAACACAGCUGCUGGAGUCGCCCCGCUCUCCUGUAUCACCCGUAAGGACGUCGCGGGUCCUGCCACCCGCCCUCGACCGCCGGGCGCUUGCCAACGCGCUGCUGAUUGCCCGGGCGGCGGCAGCUGCUGCCGUGCAAGACACCAGCUCAUCGCCGCAACUGUCUCCUGUGCCAAAACUGCAGCAAGCUGCUGCCGUCUGCCCGCCCUCCCCACGCGUGCCUCGUGUGGGCAGUGCCAGUGAUGGGCUCGCGGAGCCGCCCUUGUCGCCCACAGCUCCGCUGUCGCCCACCGCUGCCUGGCCACUGGAGAUUCCGCUGUCCCGUAUCAACACUCCGCGGCGUGAACUGAAGCGCAACAUGUCCGCACCGGCACAGUCGCCACCCGCAUCGCCUUUAUAUGCCCGCGACGCCGCUGCAACUCAGACGCGCCCUGUCGCCACUGCCAUGACUGCCGCAUCUGCUGUCGCGAAAUCGGCACAAGGCGCUCCAACGCCUACCUUGCCGCUGCAGACCGUCUUCGGCAUGCAUGGCGGCAGCCUGAAAAGCGUCCUUGGCGCUGCGGAAGGGCCCAGCAGUGGCGGCUUUGGCAUCUCUGGCGCCUCGGCGUCGGCGGCCGCUGUCUCAGACGUGUCGGAGUUCCUGGCGCACGAUUCUCCCCGUUCAAGCCGGUCAUCAUCGUGCCCCAACACACCCACAUCUCGUACGGCCCAUAACGCUUCGUCGCCAUUCCGCGACCCGGUCGGCGCGUCGCACUCACAGUUGUCAUCAAUUUCAUGUUGCAGCAGCGUACCGCUGAAUGCAAAGAGCUUUGAGGAUGCUUUUGAGACGGUUGCUAAGGCCCGGCCUGUGCCUAGCCCGGUACGUGCGGCAGCAGGAAUGGGGGCUACAAGCGGUUCCGUCUACGCCAGCCCCUUCCAGUCAGCGCAGGUGUCCCCGCUCGUCUCACCUGUGCGCCAGCCGGUGGCAUUUGCUAGCGCCAACAACGGAUCCGGAUGGACGGGCGCAACCACCUUGGUAGCUGGGGGGAAGGUCUUCGUGGGCAGGAGCUUGUUUGCGGAGGAGGAGGAAGAGGAGCGGGCGGCUGCCGCUGCUGCUGCAGCAGUGCCGGCCGAGGUGGACAUUCCGCCGUCACCCCGGGCGAACAGGUGUAACGUGCUGUUCUCUCCACAGUCCAAGACCGUCGUUGCGUGUCCGGAGGCUUUCGGCGCUCGCACUUUCAAUGCAGGGACGCAGCAGCCGCUGGCAGUGACUUCGGUUCUCGCUGCUUCCGCGCUAUCGCCACGGCACCCCUCUUCACAUGGUAGCGGACGCAGCAUGGCGGCUGUUACGAGCGCGUUCGGGGAGGAUUCCAUGGUCCGUGCCGACUGGGAAGCAGAUGCCGAGGACAGCGUUCCUGCGCUACCAGCCAGGUCAGCGGGCCCGAUGGCCGCCGCCGCGAUGGGCCGAGCCCAGAGCUCGCAGCUGCUCAGCGCUCCCACGUUCUCCCGUGUUCCGAGCCUGUCCGAGGAAGAUCCCUUCGACGCCAGUGGCAUGAUGCUGCCGCUGCCUGUGGCCCAACCAGACUCUGCGGGUCGCGGGCCUCGCAUUACGCUAUCCGGCGGCGUCUUGGCCGUGCCACCGGUCUCGAGUGCCCUUCGGCCCAAGCCAACUGCACAACCGGCGCCUGCUUCUUCGUCGGCGGCGGCUGCCGUCGCUGUGGCCCCGCUUGCUCGGAACAAGGCGGACGCUGGGCGCCUUUCGGGGGGUGGAUCUCGCCUCGCCAACUCAGACAGCAGCGUUGGUUACUUGGGAAUGAGCAGCGCUCUUUCAGGGGGCGGCACCCGGUACGAGUCGCCGCCACGCUCGCCCGCGGACCGCACCUGCUGCCCCAGGAGCGCUUGCCCCAGCGCCUCACCCGUGAAGCCCCCGCUAGCAUUAGCACGGUCAUUGCCGUCCCCUCCUCCUCCGACGGACGUCAUGCACAACACGCUACCGUACAUGCCAAUGCUAUCGUCUCCAUGCCACGAUGUACGCCGGGCACCGACGACGCCAGCACCCUCGGCGCGCUCCAGCGCCAGCGGCAUUCCUCGGUCCCCUACAGCUGCCUACAUCUCUCCUUGUGCCACUGACCCACGUGCCAGCCCCAUCAAGGUCCCUAUCCUCCCCCUGCUGCCCCCAAUGAGCCCGCGCAUGGCUUCCACAUCAGUCAACCAGCAAUGGCCUAUUGGCACCAGCAUGGGUGCUGCAACUGUCUUCGGUUUUGGCGGCUUGGCACCCGUACGCACGCAGGCGCAGUCCAUGGGCGGCUCCACCAGCACCGGUACUGCCGCUACCACUCCCAAGCGCUCCCCCAUGCACCAGCGCGCUGGGCAGACUCGCAGCCGCGGUGAUGAGGAGGUGGGUCUAGGUAGCGACCUGGAUGAUGUGCCGCUGCUGGUGAGCCAUAAGAGCGCUCCUGCACGGCCUGGUGCUGCUGAGCGCGCACCCCUGCAGACGCCGCGUUCCAACCGCAGCAGGCUCUUCACCGACAGUGACGAUGAUGACUCGGACGGAGGGCAGCAGCUGCAGUCGCGUGAACCCCAAGCGCGAGAACUUCACGCCAAGCGCGCCCAACAGCAGCAUCUCUACGACCGAGCGCGUGCCGAGUCCCGUACAGCGAGCGCCGCUGCCACACCACGAUCAGCAAGGGCGCUCUUUGCGGACGGUAGCGGCCACCAGCCGCUGACACUGCAAUCGCCAGGAAAGGGCUUUUUCACGCCCGGUGGCGCCUCUCCAGUGCAGGCACCGCUAUCACCUCGCGCUGGAGCAUCGCCAGCAGGCGCCCCAGCUCACAUCUUCUCGGUGGAUGCUGUUGGCGCGAAUGUUGGAGACGCUUGGCAGCAGCAGGGGUGGCCUAUGCACGGGGCCGGCAGCGCUACUGGUACGCCGCGCUCGGCAAGGGUGCUCUUUGCGGACGUGCCUCCGCCCUCUGACACUGCCGCACCUAAGUCGCCUAGCUGGAGUCAGUUUUCAAGGCAGUCGGGAAACCGCAGCAGCGGCUACAUGGCUGGCGCCGCACCUGGUUCAACGGACCCGCUGGAGCAGGUGCUAUCCCGCAUGGCUGGCGUGCAGGUGGCGUCGCCUGUGUCGCCGGCACCUCCUCGGCAGAUAGCACCGUCGCCUGUGUCACCGCGACCUCCAUUGAUGGCGCCGCGCUCCACCGUGGUUGGGCCAUUUCCAGCGGCCGCCGUUAACGGCGCGGCUCCUCUGUCGCCACGUGCGCACAAGAGUGCCGACGCCCCUCGGCCGCCUCUGCCAAUGAUGCCGCGCCUAUCAUCGCAGCUGCCGGCGCAGCCGUUGGCCCCGCCGCUUUCUCCACGUACCAAGAGCUCCAUUCCUUGGCCUGCAGCCGGCGUCCAUGGUGUGGCUGAGGGCAGCCCGAGUGGGCAGCCGUUACGGCGCCAGUUGUUCCGUCAAUUGGCGUCGGACGAUGCGGGAUGCAGGGUCGUGGACGACAUGGCAUCAGCACCACAGCAAACCAGCAGUGACCUGGAGCCGGCCAGCGCUGUACCUCUGCCUGGGUCGGUGCCACUUCCCGGCAUGCCAGCAGUUGCUGUCCAGGCGGCCUUAGCAGCGGCUUCCUUGGAGCGGCAGUUUGAGGUGGCGGAGGCUGGGGCGGCCGACCUGCCACUCGAGACGCGCGUUCUUACUCCAACAGCUGUGGGAAACCCAGUCGGCUCCGGUCUUGCUGUUGCUGGCAUGGCUGGGCAGGAUUCGGGAGUUAGGGGCGAUGGAGCUGUGCCAGCGGCGGCGGUAGCAGCAACUCAGAGCCAGCGGCCGAGCACGGCGCCAAGUAGCCAGUCGGUACGUCAUGGGGUCCCGCCACUUUCCCCGCGCGCCGGUGUCGUCGGUGCUGGUGCAGCCAACCACAACCGUCGUGCCGCCGGCAGUUGUGGAGGCGUCAACUACCUGGGUGCACCUAUCACUGGUGCUCCGGCGGCAACGGCAGUCCAUGCUGAGGAAUCCAUGAACCGCAAUGGCGAGCGUGUCGGCAGCAAGCCCGGGUCGGCGUCGGCCGCUAACCCCAUGAGUAUGCCAGCAGGCGCUUAUACGCAGCAGCGCCAGGGCGCGGACUCCGAGAGCGCCGGCCCCACUUCAGAGCAGGGCGCUGCGGCCCCCUGCACCAAGGCACCAAUGGUCGCCGCUCCCUCAGCCUCUGGGUCGCGCCAGGCUUACGUGCCGUCCACGACGGCAGCUGCAUCGGGUCUGCAGAUUAAUUACGGCGGCAGCAAUGCUGCUGGAUUGCGACCCAUAAAUGGCGCAGCGUUGGGGGCGGUCGGGUCAGAGGACACCUCGUCGGCGACUUUAUCUGGCGGAAUGUCCCCCAUGACUGGGGCGCAGCAACAGAACGGCCACGGGCGGUCACAUGCGGCAAGGGACGGUGUGUCCCCGUCCGGUUCUACGGGCGGAGCGCAUUGUCAUGAACACGUUGCGAGUGUGCCGCUCGGCGCGAGGUAUGCGGGCCAGUACCUGAUCCCGGCUGCGCAGCUGCCAUGUGGCCCACGGGUCGGUCCGGCCGUGUGGGUCGUCUCGCACGAGGAGGAGCUUGUGACGGCACUCAGCACACUUCUUCGGGACCCGCUGGAGAGGCGGUCGCGUGGCCGAGCGGCGUCUCAGGGCGCUGCGAAGCUGGCCUCCAGCCUGGUUACCACUGUGUGGAGUGUGCUGGAGGACACAGUAAUCACACCCGCGCUGCAGAAGUACAUUGCAGCUAACGAGGCAACUGGGCUUUGAUGGAACGAGGCCCGUUGGUAUGGGUGAUGCAACAGCGGUGGUUGAGGGUAAUAUGGGUUUCCUAGCAUUAGUGAAGCUAGUAUGGGCUUUCCUUUCUGUCAGGGUUUCUGCCAUCAGGCAUUCGGUUAUGUUAGUUGCAUAGGUUGUCCGGGGGCCUUUAGUUCGACCCGCAGGCUUGCCAAGCCUACAAACGCAUCGUCUGGAACGUCGGGUGUUGCUGUUGUUUAAACUACUCAGGAGGAACCAUACAUGAUGUGUCCUUGCAAAAGCGGGUUGAAGGUGACACGAAAGAGGCGGUAGUGGGGCGUUGUCCUGUCGCAGGUAGGAGUAAUGCGCUGGCGGCUUAAAUGUUUAGCAAGGUGCGUUUAGGCAAACGGCUUAGUUGUCACUGCUGCGUUUGCGUAUCUGGUUGGCUGCUUAUUGCAACGGCUUGGGAUAGCUCGGUUACCGUUGUAAGCGUUGUUGGUUGGUCGGUUUAGCACUGCAUGUCCAGUGGGUGUAUGGGACAGAGUAGCAUGCGCCGUAGGUGUUGGGUAUUCGCAAGUUUGCUGUCAUCCCAGACGUUAGUGGACCUUAAGGCCCGUUAGGCAGGCUUUGGCGGUGUCUACGUGAUCGACUGGUUGCUUGUUGGUUGCACAGAGUAUGGCAGCUGUAUGAUGUGUUAUAAUUUGUAUGUGAUGCAGUGUUGUAAUGUUUUUGAUGAGAUGGCUGCGUUAUGGCCAUCUUGGGCAUCUUUGUUUCUAUUCGUCCUGUACGGCGUGCUUAUUAUGUUCUGUUGGUGCGUACCGUUCUCAGCCGUUUAGCUUUCCUAGUUACCUGCUCUGUAUGCCCGGGAUGUUUGUUGUCGCUGUCGUGUUCAGCAUUUCCCUUAGAGCUUGUUGCAGUUGUGUUCCUGCCAUAAACUGGCGCCGGGAAGGGUGCCGUGGUGUGAUUGAAGCGGGUUCUAACCCUGCAGGUUUUGCGUUUCUAGCACGGCAGGUUUUCGAAGGGGCAGGGUAGUAGCAGGUUGUUGUCGGGCCAACGGUACAAGGCGUUGGCAGUUCAUGGGUUUACGUGAGGUAUACAUGCGAAAUUGGAGGGGAGAUGGGCAUGUCCUGCCCUGUGUCGUGGAAAGGUUGGCUUUGCUACUUAUCGCGCCACGUUGGCAACAGUAAUUAAAGCAGCUGCUUAAAUGCAGGAUUAGCUCGUACCUGAACAAGUAAGACUGCUUUUUCCUCCACGCUAGAAGUAACGUGUGUGGUCUUAGCACUAGACAGCCUAUAGGUGGUAGUAACUAAUUAUUUGGUGUUGUGCCUUAUGUUAAACACCUUGCUUAAGUGCUUAGUUUGGAUUCAGCCUGGACUUUCACUGAAUCCAUACACAUCGACGGUGACGUCUGAGGGUGUAGAGUCAACCAUUUUUGCAUCAAACUUAAAAUUUAAGUCAUUAUUUGUAAUUUACCUAGCCA